CAGCUGACUGCAUUUGGCGUUAACUCCAACCAUUUCUAAGAAAAAUAAUUGAAGUACGAGCUCACGGAAAUGGAGAACAAGUUGGCCAAAUGGGGUUUCAACAAUGGAGAUUUAAAGGAAAAAUCAUUGCUUUCAAUUCGAUCAGUUCUUGAAACGAUAAUGGAAAAUCUUAAAGAAGAGAAUGAGAGGAAGUCAGUCAUUCAUUUGGGGCGUGGUGACCCUUCUGCAAUUCCCUGCUUUCGAACUUCACCGGUAGCAGAAAACGCUCUUUUUAGUGCUGUUCGAUCUGCUAAGUUCAAUGGUUAUGCUCCUGCUGUUGGUCUUUAUUCAGCUCGGAGGUCGAUAGCGGAAUACCUCUCUCAUGAUCUUCCUCAUCAACUAUCACCAGAUGAUGUUUUCCUUACACCUGGUGCUAAUCAUGCAAUUGAAGUUGUAAUGGCGGUCCUCGCUCGCCCUGGUGCCAACAUAUUGCUUCCUAAACCAGGGUAUCCGUUUUAUGAAGCUCGUGCUGCAGUUAGUAAUGUUGAGGUUCGCCAUUUCGACCUUCUCCCAGAAAAGGGUUGGGAGGUCGAUCUUGGAAGCCUAGAAUCCCUUGUUGAUGAUAACACUAUUGCCAUAGUUAUCAUUAAUCCUGGAAAUCCUUGUGGUAAUGUUUUUUUCUCCGAACACUUGCAAGAGGUUGCGGAGACAGCAAAAAAGCUAGGUAUUCUAGUGAUUGCAGAUGAAGUCUAUAACCAUCUAUGUUUCGGUAGCAAGCCGUUUGUGCCAAUGGGAGUAUUUGGAUCAAUAACUCCAAUUUUAACUCUGGGGUCAUUGUCAAAAAGAUGGAUUAUUCCUGGUUGGCGACUUGGUUGGAUGGCAAUGGUUGAUCCUAGUGGCAUUCUUAAGAAGUCCGGGCUUGCUGAAUCCCUUCAAAGUUAUCUUGAUUACGGUGCUAAUCCUGCAACUAUUAUUCAGGGAGCAGUGCCUCACAUCCUCGAGACGACGACCAAGGAUUUCUUUUCAAACAUCAAUAAUAUAUUAAGGGAAGCUGUCGAUGUAUUUAUUACCAAAAUUCAGGAGAUGCCUUGCUUUACCUGCCCGUACAAACCAGAUGGAGCAAUGUCAGUGAUGUUUAAGUUGAACCUGUCAUAUUUGGAAGGCAUAAAUGAUGAUAUGGAUUUCUGCACUAAGUUAGUCCAUGAAGAAUCAGUAAUCGUUCUGCCAGGAGUGGUGGUGGGACUGAAGAAUUGGCUGCGGUUAACUUUUGCCAUUGAGCCAUCCAUUCUUGAAGAAGGACUUGAGAGGAUAAAAGCUUUCUGCUUGAGGCAUUCAAGGAGCUAAAAAGAAAAUUUAGUUUCAAUUUGCUAAUCUAUUGUGAAUCAUGUCUAAUGUAGAAUUUCUCCUUAAUUGACAAUUACUUUUAGUUGUUAAAGCUACAAUCUUUGGAUGUUCCCA